AUGGAAACUUGUAACAAGGAUUACUUGGAUGUGAAGAAUAAGAUGUUGAAAAAGAUUGAGAAGGGAGUCACUCAGAAUGAGGCAAAAUACUCAGCCUACGGCUAUACUGCAGCGUUGCAGUAUUGGGCAUACGAGGCCAUAUUACAGCUGGGCAACGAGUAUGCAGUGAGGAGGUCGCAUCACUUUCCGAGAAUGGUCAACUGGGAGAGUAAGCCGAACACUACACUCGGGAAGGAUGAAGUGACUAGAUUAUUUGCUAAAAAUUUGACAGUGUACUCCAUGUUAUGUCCUCGGCCGAACGAGAUUGAGUUUGUGAGUUACAUAACCGGGGGUCAGCCUCCGUUAUUUGUUGACUUGGAGGAACUUGUGUUGGGUGAGGAUGGGCAACCAACACAGGAUGCUUUGCGAAGCCAGGCCGAAAAGCUUGCCUCCACAUUGGAAGAAUGAGCGGAGGCAGCCCGAAUAUUUAAAGACUCUACACCACCUCCACCGUCUCCACCACGUGCACCGCCUGCAGUUUCAGAUGGGUCUGGUGUUGACCCAUCUCCAGCUUCAGUUCCUGAUGGGUCUGGUGUUGGCCCAUCUGCAGCUUCAGUUCCAGAUCAGUGUGGUGUUGACCCACUUGCAGCAUCACAGGAUCCUCCUGUUCCCCCGUCAGCUUCUAUUCCCAGCACCUCAGAGGCUCGCGAUCCAGUAUACUCUGCCAUUUUGGCAAGGUUGGAGACUGUGGAGAGGGGGCAGAUUGCUUUGAGGGAAGGGCAGGCCACUCUGCUAAGAGGACAAACAACGAUUAUGGAUCAGUUGAAGACCAUAAUGACGCUCCUGCAAGAUCGUGGAUGGCCGGCAGCAGAUUCACAGCCACAGCCACAACCAGAAGUGGAGGCUCGGACACCGGAAGAUGACUUUAUUCUCCCAAAUGAUUACCAACCGAAUGAUGAUGACAUGUUCUAUACACCUGAGAAGACGAAUAUCACCAGCAUUGGGGAUACUCAGGAUUCUGAGGUGCAGGUGUUAGAGACAACUCCAGAAGUCAUGGAGAACCGGAGGAAGAGAAUGCGGCCUAGGUGGUUCGCUGAGUACACUGAAAUGAAGAAGAAGGCUGGGGCUACUUCGACACUCGUGAAUGCGGACCCACUUAGAGUGGUUGAUCGGAAGCUGCUCAGGACUUUUCACAAUUGGGUACUCGGCAAGAUUGGGAACAAGUCUUCGAGAGAGUGCUUCACCGGUCGAUACGAUUCGUCUUGGUUCCUUGAACUACAUUCUCCGAGGAUGUGGCUUUGGAACGAUGUAAGUUUUUAAGACUUUUUUACUUCUUUUGCUUUCUUUUUUAUUUAAUCUCUGACAUAUUUAAUUUUCAUGUUUUAGCAUUUGGAUGCGGCAUUCCAUUUGAUGAGGAGGCGACAACACUUUUAUCCAGAGGUCUACCCAAAUAGAUGUGUCAUCAUGCCGUGUAUUUUCCCAGCAGGAGUUAUUGCUCGGUGGGAAGCUGCGGGUGAUGACUAGGCUAACUAUCAGUGGGAUGAGGGCAUAUUAGAUUUGAUUCGAGGGGAUGAAAGUCAAUUCUUGGCCAGUUGGAAGAAUAAGGAGAGAAUAUAUAUGGCCCUCUACUUUGAUAGAGCAAAGCAUUGGGUGACGCUAGAGGUAGAUCUGGAUCAUUGGUUGCUGAACAUAUUUGACUCGAGCCUCGGAUCGAUUUUCCUGAACGAAUUGAAGAGUCACCUGGCAAUGUAGGAAAAAUUACUACCAAAUUUGCUGCUGCAGGCUGGCCUAUUCGAGACUCAUGACAUGAUCCUCGUGCCUCAACUUACCGCCUCAGAGAGCCAGGUCAGAAAUUUCACUUCAAAAGUCAUGAACAUACUUGCAUAGGAGGUUGACGGUGACACAUAUUUCGCCACCAGAGAGCUUUUGUUGUUUACUGAAUUUGACCUCUUCGUACACACAUGCAAUUUGUGAAUCGUAUCCCAACCUUCGAAGCCCUUGAAAGGGUUCUGAGUCAUUUCCGAACACAUGUUUCACUGGAAUCCUCCAAGAAUAUUCUUCUUCUCCAGUUGCGCUCAAGUGGUGGGGGUUAUUUCCUAGGAUUGCUUCCUAGUAAAGUCAUUAAUUAAACCUUUUCCUAUCUCUCCACAUUUUUUUUAGAUUAGUUAUUGCAUAACACCCUCCCUCCAAGCAUCCUCCCCAAGAGCUCCAAGCAAUUUACCCCAUCUGGUCUUGUCCAUCUUUGAGCAUGGUUCAAGUGCUCAUCUCCAGUCGUGAUUUUCACUUUGCCAGGUGUUCUCUAGAUUUGAGUUCUUAGAACUUGUAAUGGUGUCCUUUUGCUUUUAAUAUAGGGAGUUUUUUAUUUUUAAUUUCAAAGCAUUUUUUUUUUUGCAAUUUUACAUAAAUUCACCUAGCAAUCAACGGAGUAACUUAAACUGCAAUCCGAAUUCACAUAGCAACCACGUAAAAACUAUAACUCAAAUCAUAAAAAUAAUUCCUCUUUAAUAUAUAUGUGUGUGUGUGGAGCCACAUAUAUUUUGGCCAACUGACCUUACUUAAGAAGGAAGGGAAAAACCACGUAGGCCCAAGACCAGAAUAACCCAACUCGUUUAAGCUUGAAAAUGUGUGUCCAAGAUCUCUAAGUAGGCCUAGGGUUGAUUGGUGAACAGAUUCCAACUCUAUUGACGAUAUUUGUCCAUAUGAACAGAGAGAAAGUCUAGGUGACACCAUUGAUCCAAGUGACCAAUUAAGCAGAUCUAAGCAAAAUAUCCCUACUUUUUUUGAAAUAACCCUAGAGUCAAUUAGGCUAAUUAAUUGACUACGGUUAUUUCCCUCAUGGUAAAAUAGAGUAGUUAAGGAAAGGGAUUUAUUUAGAGAUGGAAAUUUAUACCGUGGGGACUCACUCCUAAUGGGCUGGAGAUUUCCUGUCUUGGUGGUUAAUGGGGCGGUGGUGGGGGACAAUUUCAAUACCCGAAGCGGGGAUGGGGCAGGGUGUUAGGCUAAAAUUAGUCUAAGUUUCGGGUCAUAUUUUCGGUUAGUUUUCACUCUUUGUUUCUAGUUUUAGGGCUAUUUUAUGCAUGAUUCUUUUGUUUCAGGUCCUUGGGUGUUUAAAGAAAGUAUGUACAAGAAUUGAGGAAAAAUGGUGAAAGAAUCGAGAAGAAAAACCAAGAUUGGUGUCGCUGCCUGUUCCCGUCGCGACGGGGAAUUUGCCAGUCGCGACGGGAACUGGCAGAAAGUUUUCAAGAAAUUCGAAGUUGAACUCCCGUCGCGACGGGGGCUUUGCCAGUCGCGACGGGGACCCUUAUGACGGGAUUUUUGGGCAGUUUCGUAAUUUCACGAAUUUUAAAGAUGAGAAUUGGUUUAAAUGGUAAGGGUUCGUGAAAAUUAGGGGGGAUUCAGAAUUAGAACCCUAGAAACAAAUGAGGAGGCUAGAAGAGCGGCUUGUGGCGACCCGGAUCAAUUGCUUCAACUAGUUCUUUCUCUUCUCUUUAAUUUUUCUAUGUUCUUUUCUAUUUCAAUGAUAAUUAUGGAUUUGAUUAUGGAUGUUUUGAACUAAACUCCUAUUUAGGGAGAACGAUGAAUGUUGUUUAAGUUUUUCUUAGUUAAUGAUUAAUUGCCAUUCCUCCAUCUUUGUAAUAUCCAGAUUAAAAUAGUAUUUAAUUUUUUUUUUUCUCUCCUUGGGAUAUUAAUUGUGUGAGGAUAAUUAUCUUAUAUAUUUGUGUUGUUAGUGA